AUGGCCCUCCGGCGUUCCCUCUUGAAGCUCCGCCGCCGAUCCGUUCCGCUACCGCCGCCGCCUCCGGCAGCGAUGGCGGAGGAUUUCGCUGCUCCGCCUGUAGCCGCCGCUCCGUCGCUGGCCCUAUCGCUGACGCCAGCCAAGCCGGAGGCCCUCUCCGGCUUCCUCCGCGCACACCUGAGACCAGACUUCUCCUCCUCAGAUCUGCUCCACCUCCUCCGCCGGAAGCUCCGCCACCACCCUCGCCUCGCCGCCUACGACCUCCACGUCUUCCGGUGGGCCGUCGGCGUCGACUCCUUUCGCCACGACCACUCCACCUUUGAGUGGAUCGCCCGCACGCUCGCCGUCACCGACCGCCCCGACGAUCUCCGGGAGGUCCUCCGCUUCAUGAUCUCCCACCCCUGCCCCUGCGCCGGCGACGGCAUCUUCUCCUGCCCCCGCCUGGAGCCGAUCUUCCGCUUCGCCAUUGCCGCGCUCUGCCGAGCGCGGCGGCCAGACCAGGCGGAGGCGGCGUUCGCCGAUCUGCAGAGAUCCGUCGACGGCAAGCCCGCCGCCGCAAGCUACAACGUCCUCAUGAGCGGCCUCUCGAAGCUCGGAAACCACGAGAAGGUGAUCCAAAUCUACCGCCGGAUGGGGAGCGACAGAGUGAAUCCCGACGUGGUCACCUUCAACAUCAUGAUCCACAGCUUCUGCAAAUCCGGAGGAGGAGGAGGAUUCGAUUUCGUGGCUCUGUUCAGGGAGAUGAAGGCGAAGGGAUGCAGCCCCAACGUGGUCACCUUCAACACCCUGAUCGGAGGAUUCCUCCGGCGAGGGAGGAUCGAGGAAGGGAUCGCCGUCGCAAGGGAGAUGCUCGACUUGGGGCACGCGAUCUCGCCGGCCACCGGAGAGAUGCUCCUCCGGGGGCUCUGCCGCGCAGGUAGGGUUUCAGAGGCCGGCGAUCUGGUGAUGGAGCUACUGAGAAGGGGAGCCUUGCCGGAGGGGACGGACUGCUUGGAGCUCGUCGAAGAGCUCUGCGCGGUGAGGGAGCUCGACAGGGCGGCGGAGAUGGUGGACGGUCUGUGGCGGGUGGCGGGGAGGCCGCCGGGGGCGGUGACCUGCGCCGCGCUGGUGGAGGCCCUGAGGAGCUCCGGGAGGGUGGAGGCGGCGGUGGGCCUGACGGAGAGGAUGAUCGAGGCGGCGGCGCCGCCGGACGCGGUGACGUUCAACGGGCUCCUGCGGGCGCUCUGCGGUGGAGGUAGGGCGGCGGAUGCGGAGAGGUUGAGGAUGGCGGCGACGAGAGGGGGAUUCCAGCCGGACGAGUCAACGUUUGAGAUUGUGGCGGCGGGGCUCGCCGGAGAGGGGAGGAGGAAGGAGGCGGAGGCCGUCGUGGAGGCCAUGCUGGACGCGGGAUUUAUACCCAACAUCCGAGCCUACAACCGACUGAUGGACGGACUGACCAGGAAAUCGUUGACCAAGGGAGGGUGA